GUCAUCAUCAUUAAAGUCUCUUACUUUCGUUACCAUUCGAAGAUUAUAGUUACUUCCCCUUUAACCUUUUCCAUCUAUUGCUGUAUUUGAUCCCAAUUACUUGGAUUGGCUACCAUGACGUUGCAAAUUCUUGGCCUUAAUUUUAGCAGAUAAAUUGUUUCUACUACCUAAUUUUUCACUGUGAUUAGAAGAGACCAAAUAAUUAUUAAACAAAUGUUCUUGUAGUGCUGAAUUUAUCUAUUGCUUCUUUCCCGUUCUUUUGGUUUGUUCAUACUUUCUCUCAUUUGGAUCAUUGUACCUAUCAUUUUGACAGCUGGUUUUUAUAUUUGCUGGGGAUGCCUUGUAUGGGUGCCUUCUAUAUAUACUUCUCCUGGCAUGUACCUGGUCAAUCAUCCUGUACACCUUGGAACUCAGUUGGCACUCUACAUCCUAGUAGCAGGCAUUCUUUGCAUAUACAUCAACUACGAUUGUGAUAGGCAAAGGCAAGAGUUUCGCAUAACAAAUGGCAAAGCUUUGGUUUGGGGUAAAGCUCCAUCAAAGAUAACUGCCACUUACACUACCACAACAGGGGAAACAAAAAGCAGCAUUCUUUUAACUUCGGGAUGGUGGGGAUUAGCUCGACAUUUCCACUAUGUCCCAGAAAUAUUAGCUGCAUUUUUCUGGACUGUUCCAGCUCUUUUUAACCACGCUUUACCCUACUUUUAUGUGGUGUUUCUUACAAUCCUUCUCCUCGACCGGGCGAUAAGGGAUGAUGAUCGGUGCCGAUCCAAGUAUGGAAAAUACUGGAAAUCAUACUGCGAGAAGGUUCGGUACAGGGUCAUCCCCGGAAUUUACUGAGAAAAUGUUGCACAAGUGUUUGUUCUAGGUUGAGAAUGGCAUGUAUAUUCAGCCUUUCCAAAUUAAAUGAUGGCAGGCUGGUAUCAUGUUGUUGUUAUUGUUGUUUUUGUAAUGGUCAACUUUAUGGAUGUUGUAUUUCUCUCAUCUUCAAUGACCAAAAACUUUUCUUGUUUAGGAAAA